CGCCCUUCUGCUCUUGUAUCACUAAGAAUCUGGCAGCCAGUUCCGUCCUGACAGAGUUUACGGCAUAUAUUGGUGGAUUCUGGUCCAUAGUGCAUCUGCUUUAAGAAUUAACAAAAGCACUGUCAAGACAGUAAGGAUUCAAACAAUUUGUCAAAAAUGAAUUUAGGUGCAUUUACUCUCUUUUUGGCAUUAAUCGUUGGUGCCAGUGGCCAAUACUACGACGAUUAUGAGUUCCCCAUAUCAAUGUAUGGGGCAUCAUCACCAAACUGUGCACCAGAAUGUAACUGUCCUGCAGACUAUCCUUCUGCCAUGUACUGUGAUGAGCUGAAAUUGAAAAGUGUGCCAAUGGUACCUCCUGGAAUCAAGUAUCUUUACCUUAGGAAUAACCAGAUUGACCAUAUUGAUGAAAAGGCUUUUGAAAAUGUAACUGAUCUGCAGUGGCUCAUUCUAGAUUACAACCUUCUAGAGAACUCCAAGAUAAAAGGGAAAACAUUUUCUAGACUGAAACAACUGAAGAAGUUGCAUAUAAAUCACAACAAUCUGACAGAGUCUGUGGGCCCACUCCCCAAAUCUCUGGAGGAUUUGCAACUUACUCAUAACAAGAUCACAAAGCUUGGCUCCUUCGAUGGACUGGUAAACCUAACCUUCGUCAAUCUUCAACAUAAUCAGCUGAAAGAGGAGGCCGUUUCAGCUGCUUUUAAAGGUCUCAAAUCACUUGAGUACCUUGACUUGAGCUUCAACCAGAUGACCAAACUCCCUUCUGGUCUCCCAACAUCUAUUUUAACUCUUUACUUAGACAACAAUAAGAUCAGCAACAUCCCUGAUGAAUAUUUCAAGCGUUUUACUGGGCUGCAGUAUCUGCGUUUAUCUCACAAUGAACUGGCUGAUAGUGGCGUACCUGGAAAUUCUUUUAAUGUAUCAUCCCUGGUCGAGCUGGAUCUCUCCUAUAAUAAGCUUAAAAGCAUACCGACUGUAAAUGAAAACCUUGAAAACUAUUACCUGGAGGUUAAUGAACUGGAAAAGUUUGAUGUAAAGAGCUUCUGUAGGAUCCUGGGUCCACUAUCCUACUCCAAGAUGAAGCAUUUGCGUUUAGAUGGCAAUCGCAUCACCCAAACCAAUCUGCCACCUGAUAUGUACGAAUGUCUACGUGUGGCAAAAGACAUCACCAUCAAUUAACAUCUUCUAUUUCCAAUUAUACCGAGAUGUAUCCAGGAGCAAUACCUUAUAAUUCUGUUUUGGUGUGUGUGAAAAUUCAGUUUUCAUAAUAUCCAUUUUUUGUUGUUGUUUAUUACUUCCAUGAAUUUUAAACUCUGAGGGAAAAUGUUUUGUAAACAUUUACCACUGUUUUUUUUUUUUUAAAGAAAAGAUGAAAGGCAGGCCUAUUUCAUCACAAGAACACACACAUACACACAAAUAGAAACCACACUUACUACUUUAUUUGUAAAUUUAGUGUUUCUGUAUCUCUGUUGUCAAAUGACAUGUAAAGCCUUUUACUGGUUGCAUGGAAGUCAGCCAAUUUUAUAAUUCCUAAAUCUUAACUUAAUGUGCCCAAAAAAGCAAGGACUAUAUAUGUAUGGAUGUUUACUGUCUUGAACCCCAUUAUCUCAAUAUGUUCAAAUUUGUUUAGUUAAAGGUAAGUGGCAUACUUCGAGCUCAAUAAUUUUGCAAAAUACUAGACAAAAUUUAUGAAGCCACAUGCACUUAAAGUUUUUUAGUGUUAAAAAUUAACAUAC